CCACUGCGAAUGGAAUGUUAGCUGAGUUUCUCGUUAUCUUUAAACAACCUCGCUACCUCGAAUAAUCGUGACGUACGAUCUCCGACCUGCGUGCGCCUCAAGCAGCCAUCUUGUACACCACAUGACCUCGUUGUCGUGUCCCGUGACCAGCUCACGUGAAUUUUGACAAAUUCAAACGUUUUUUGGUGGCAAAAAAUGGAUAUUUUGGAGCAGCAUCUUGACCAACAAGAUGUCAGCGGGUCAUCGAGGGUCAAAGACGACGAAACUACAGGCAUAGUGCUCGAAGAGGCGGAAUUUGUUGAUUGCGACGGCGAAGGAGAAACUGUUGGAGAGGAUGGAAUACGCUAUCAGGAAACUCUGGCGUACAGAGUUGUGCAGGUAAAUGGAGGGACGAGUGGAAAUGAAAUCGAACUUCCUGUGACACAAGCAGCUAACAGCACAGUGCAGGUCCUAACGUCUCCUCUAAAUGGUCAAUUUUACGUUAUUGGGAAUGCCAACGAAGUCUUUACUACUGCUCAAACAUCGAGGUCAUUGGCCCCAAGAGCAACUCUUCAAAUCGAGACACCACGCAAUGUCACAACAGGACUUAAAAAGAGAGACGAUAGGCGAAGAGCAACGCAUAACGAAGUUGAGCGUCGGCGUCGAGAUAAAAUUAAUAAUUGGAUUGCAAAGUUGGGCAAAAUUAUUCCAGAAUGUAACAGCACUGCAAAUGGUAAUGCGAAUGUAAGCGGAGAUGGAAAAGCAAACUACGAAACGCAGAGUAAAGGAGGCAUUCUGGCGAAAGCAUGCGAGUACAUAGGCGAGUUACGAGCAGCAAACCAAGGUUUGGGACAGUGUUUGCGCGAUAACGACAAAUUGCGGCAUGAAAUAACAGCUUUGAAACAAUUAGUGGCGCAAUUGAAGCGAGAAAACGCACAAUUGAGAUCGCAAGUCACGUCUCCCCAAACAACUUCAGAAGUUCAUCUCAGUCCCUAAUCGAUCUGUGCGAAAUUAUUCUUUGUUUGUAUAUAGAUAUUGUUAUGUAAUGCUUGACAUCCAUACUAAAGGAUAUGUUUGUCAAUUAACACUGUUAAUUGUACUUUCCGCAAUGCAGCAAAUUUAGAAUGUGGAAGUCAAUGAACCCUCAACAGAAACACUGCUGUGUGAUCUAUUGUAAGAAAGGAGCAGUCAGAUUCUUUAGUAUAUACUCAUACUAAGCUGGUAUGAGGCCUCAGUUCGUUUGACACAAUCGAAAUAUGUGAAAAGUGUCGAGUAUAGAUUUUAUAGCUCCCCCGAAUACCUUUAAAUAUAACGCGUUUGACAGUGCAUCGCUAUGUGUAGACAUUGACCUACAAGAUUAAUAUCGAACUACCCUGACGGCAUUGUGAUUACUAAGAGUUACUAAUUUAUUGCAGUGUGUAAUGUUUUUAUCGGAAAGGCAAUAUUAGGUAUAUCGCUUGAGCAUAAUUGGGGUACAAAGGCUGUGAAAAUCAAUGCCUGUUUUUGAUAAUUUAUCAAUUAUCAGUUGAACGACGUUUAGGAAAAAUACCAUGAAAAUUUUUAGAUAAAGGAUACAAUGGAUACAGUUGGAUUUAAGUAUAAAAAUAUUUCUCCAGUUUCGGUCACAGUUGCAGUAAUUAUAAAUAUUAAAUGAUAUUUAAAUCUGUUAUAGUUGGUACUUUUUUACUAUCGAUAUUGUUUUUGUACUCUAAGAAUGUUUCUGAUGACCGAGGCUGAAGAUAUUAAUUAUUUAACCAUUGUCCUACAUAUAGCAAUAUUUUUUUGAUUAAAGAUUCCCUCGAAAAAAUCAUCCGAAUGUAACAUGUAAUAAUUAAUUGUAAUAUACUGUUAUUGUAUAUAUGGCGGGGUUAUUGUUAUAUUAUUAUUAAAAUAAUCAAUAUAAAAAUCAAAAAAAAAGAAAGAAAAAAAUGAAGUAAAUAAAAAAAAAUUGCCCAGUAGUUUUGUUUGCAUUACAAUUUCUAAUUAAUCUUUUACUUUUUGUGCAUCUUUUUUUUUUAUUCUUUACAUAUCGUACAUUGGAAAUGGUACUGAAGCUGCUGGAAUUUCGGACACUGUAGAUGAAGUUUUUCAUAAUGUAAACCCAGCACCUCAUUUUUAAUCUAGCAUCUUACACUACUAUAUUUUUAUUAACGUUGAAACGUUAAUGUAACAUAACCUUAUUCAUUACCUAACAUUUAGUUCUAUUACGUUUAUAACAUAUAUGGUACAAUAAUACUCCAUGAUUCCAUAGUUGUG